AUGGGUUCGAAAUCAAAGCCUCGCAGACUAAAAAAGAAGCCAAGGCGUCAAGACAGUGUUAAAGAUAGGAUCAGUGAGUUACCAGAUGCAAUUCUUUGUCACAUACUUUCCUUCAUUCCAACAAAAUAUGCUGUGAGAACUAGCAUUCUGUCUACAAGAUGGAAGAGGAUAUGGGCUUCUGCUCCCAUUCUAGACUUCGAAUAUAAAGAUAUGUCUGUUUUUAAUCCGCGGACAGUGGGAUAUAAGUCUGAGUCCUAUGCUGUCUUUUUAACUUUUGUUGAUCAUGUUCUUUCCUCCCGUGACCCGUUAGAUAUUCAAAAAUUUCGUCUUCAUUGUUACUGCAGCGAUAAGGAUUUCUCUCGCAUUUAUGGUUGGAUUCGAACCGUCAUUAGGCAUAAUGUUGUUGAACUUGAUCUUCAUGUCGAAAUAAAUAAUGAUGAAGGUGGCCUGAUUUUGGAGUUGCCUCAAUGCGUUUUCAUGUGCAAAACACUGGAGGUUUUGAAGGUGAAGUCAAAUUGUAUAGCAUAUGCUCCUCCUACAUCAGGGUGUUUUCCAAGUCUCAAGUUCCUACAUAUCAGUGUUGAUUAUCCUGAUAAUGACUCAAUGGAAAAGAUUUUUGCUUGCUGCCCUGUUCUUGAAUGUUUGACUAUAGGUGGACUUCUUGGACUCAAUGAUGUUUUGAAUUUCAACAUCUCUGUGCCUCAACUAACGACGUUGAGACUGGAAUUCAACCUAAGCUGUUUUGGUCAAGAUAGUGACCACACUUUUUUUAUAAAUUGUCCAAAGCUUGAAAGCCUUGAUAUCAAGCAGGAUAUUUUGUCAAAUUAUUCAUUCGAGAACGUAAAAUCUUUGGUCAAAGCAAAUGUCAAUCUCUGGUGCCAUUAUGUGCAUCACCGGCGUGCCUUUUCUAACAGAGCAACUGCGCUUCUGGCCGGAUUUUCCAAUGUUAAGUACCUGUCGCUUUCAGCUCAUUUUUUGAAGGGUGGCUGUCUGCCUGCAUUUGAUAAUUUGAGUGAAUUGAAGCUGGUUCUUCAUGAUCGCUAUCAGUGGGAUUUGCUAACAGAGCUGCUCCAGAGAUCACCUAAUCUGGAAUAUCUUGUCUUGGAACAUAAAGAAAACAUAUCAUGUUUUGGGGAUUACAAAAAGCAAUACUUGAAACAUGUCUUAGACUCAGAGCAUCGAUGGAGAAGACCAGAAUCUGUGCCUGUUUGUCUGAUAUCACACCUCAAGACUGUCACCUAUAUAAGGGGAUACAAGGGAUACCCGCAUGAGAAGAAAGUGGCUAAGUAUUCGUUAAAGAAGGGUCAAGUUUUGAGUAAGAUGACUAUUUGUAAUGACUUAUCCAAAGAUUUUGCAAUGUCUCGAAGGGCUUCAAAGGCUUGUCAAGUUGAAUUUAACUGA